GCAAAAACCAAACCAUGCGAUGCUCUUACUCCCAUAUAAUAUAUAGUGUUCUACUCCUACCUUAGAACAAUAUCAUUAAUCAAUCACAAUACUUCCAAUGUCUACGGAAGCAACAGCAGAAACAAAACCUUUCACAACUCCCUCUCAUACUUCAGGUAAUAAUUUUGUGUCGCAAGACAGUGGCAAUGACAUAAUGAAUGACAUAGUACUAUGGAGGAGGAAGAAACUUAGUGCUAUUGUUCUAAUUGUGGCAACAUCAUCAUGGAUGUUGUUGGAAGUUUGUCAAUUUAACUUCCUCACUCUCAUCUCAUGGCUCGCUAUAUUUGUUGUUACUUCAAUAUUCCUCUAUUCCAAUAUGCUUACAUUUUUCGGCAAGGAACCGCCAAACUUGUUGAGGCUGGAAUUGAAAGAAGAAACAGCUACGAGAAUGGCAAAGACAGUUCGAGCAUGGAUUGAAAAAUCAAUAAGGUGGUUGUUCGUGGUAAGCAUAAAGGAAGACUGGCCUGUGUUUGUGGGAGUUAUGGUUAGGUUGUUGGCAAUCUCUUAUGUAGGAACUUGCAUGGACUUCCUAACAUUCAUUUAUAUAGGUAUAUUAACUGGUAUGACACUUCCUAUAACUUAUAUGAAAAACGAGGACAAGAUCAAGAGAUGCAUGGAGUGGUUGAGGGAGAAGUACAAGAAAUCUUAUGAGAUUAUAGAUGAAAAGGCAAUUAACAAAUUCAAAAGUAGAAUACUAAAUGAUGAGAAGCAAAAGGAGAAGAAAAUUGAGUGAUUUGUUUUUGUAUAGCUAGAACCAGAAGCUUGUGUAAAAAAAUUAAGCACCGUAUUGUAAUAUUUUUUUUAUAGACGUAAUGUGAUGUUAAUAAUAAUGGAAUAACUUUCAUACUACUUUUUGUGAUAA